GAACAGCCGCACCUCUUCCUGCUCUCUUUCUUUCUUCUUCUUCCAAAGUGCAGAAGAGAAACUCAAAUGAUGAAUAUAUAGGAGAAAAGAGUCCGCCAAUCUGAGCGUUAUUUGCUGACCUUUAAUUUGUAAGAUCUAAAUCUGAUCAAAAAAGAAAAAGCAAUGGAAGAGGUGAGAUCAGCUGUGGGGGAGCACAUGGAAUUAAUGGCGGAUCUAGUUCAGAAGCUAUCUUCGGAACUCCGUUCGGGCCUCCGACCCGCUUACAAUAACUUCAUAGGAUUCUUCCACGCCAUCGACUGGAAGGAACCAUGGUUAAUCUGCUUACUGGCAUUCCAUGCUGUCUUACUGAUAAUAACAAUCUUCUCAAGGAAGAAUACUAACUUCCAGAUGUGUUUGUUCCUUCUGGCGUUGGUUGGUGUAUAUCUUGCUGAGACGCUCAAUAAAUUCCUUGGUGACAACUGGAAGAGGUUUGCAACCCAAAAUUAUUUUGAUCCAAGUGGACUUUUUUUAUCAGUACUGUGGUCUGGGCCUCUUCUCGCUAUUGCAAUCAUCAUCUUGAUAAAUACUCUCUUUACCAUGUGUUUCCUAAUAGUUAGGUGGAAAAAAGCCGAGCUCAGACACCGUGCAAGGCUUUCUCGGAACAAGCAGGAUUGAAAUUACCUUGUGCUGCAUUGCUGCCUUUUCUAGUUCGAUAAGCAUGAGCAAUACAUGUUAAAUUAUUUUUAGAUUUUUGUUUGUUAUUUACUUCUUAUUAUUUCUAGAGUUGCUUUAUAGUAUUUUGUGUUCUUUACUUCUUUUCAUAGAGUAAUCCCCUUGCUAUCCUCAAAAAAAAAAAAAAAAUGUUGUGCGCUUGCAUCAUGGUCUCCUUUCAGAACGGAUUAGGAGGUGCAAGAUAAAUUUUCCAUUUCUAUUUCAUCCUUGGGGCGUUUAAAAUGGUGUAAAUCAUUAGAUGGGCAGGGCUAUUUGCUCUAGUUUUGUGUACCAUUCAAGUUUUAAUUUCAGCAAAAUUCAGUUAGUUCUUAUUUCCCCAUA